AUGCACCACGUCUUCAUCGCGCUACAGCUCGAUGGUCAGAUUACGUGGGGGUGGAUCUGGGUCUUCUUCCCGUUCGUCGUCACAACAUUGCCCGAGCACGCGACCCUGUUCACAAUCGUUGCGUGGGCUCAAAUGGUGCUUCUCGCCCCGCGCCUUGACGCUGCAGUCCUCUGGUCUUGGCCCGUCGUCUUUUUGCCCCUGGAGCUCUACGCGAUGGGCAGCCUCGUCUCCUGCGUGUAUUACACGCCAUGCAGUACCGAGCGUCCACCGCUGACGGUGGCGAUGGCGUCACUGACAGCUUGCACGCUGUUGCUUGUGGCGCCACUGGGCCUGCUUCUGGCACGGCUCGAGGGAUGUGAGUUUCCGACCAGCCGCCUUCUGGUGCCGUGGUUUCUUCUCUAUGGCUUUCUAAUGCUUUGGGUAUAG